CAACGUUGAGCAUGUACACCAGGAUCACAGACUGUUACAAUUCUCGCUUUGACUUUCGUUGUGCCUCAGGGUUCUCGCCAGGACAGAAUUGCUAGUAGAUACUUGAUACCAUAUUCUUGCUUAAUAGAGAUUAGGAUCUUGCAGUUUGCAUCUAUCCUCAAGCUUGAUACGCUCCCUUAUUUACUAGCACUUUGUUAAUGUCAUUCUUGGACUUGAUAGAUACGUGUACACUGGACUACCUUUGUGUAUCCAACAAUUCACGUUGUAGCAGUUUGGUACCUAGUCUUUGAAUGCGCAAUGUUAAACAGUUUUAGAUAAUUGAUUAAAUGACACGAUAAAUCAUUUUAACAGAAAAGUUAGGAUGCCACGGGCGGUUUUUCGCAUCUCAUGUCGCAGGCAGAUCUGAAUCAGACAGCAUCGGAGGAGGCAAUUCUACAAGCAAGAGGAUACAAGCUUAUUAAGAAACUUGGCGAGGGUUCUUAUGCCAAGGUGUAUCUUGCUGAGUACAGACCAGAGAACGAUCCUGAGCGCAAUAAUAGUCUGGCUUGUAAAGUCGUGGACACUGUUAAAGCCCCAAAAGACUUCGUUCGUAAAUUCCUACCGCGUGAACUGGAUAUCCUAGUGAAGUUAAAUCAUCCCCAUGUUGUGCAUGUACAUAGCAUAUUCCAAAGACGAACCAAGUACUUCAUAUUCAUGCGUUUCGCUGAGAAUGGUGACCUCCUCGACUUCAUCCUGAAGAACGGUGCUGUUGCUGAGAGUCAGGCACGGGUCUGGCUUCGGCAGCUUUCACUAGGACUUCAGUAUCUGCAUGAGAUGGAAAUAGCCCAUAGAGAUAUGAAAUGCGAAAAUGUUUUACUUACCUCCAAUUACAAUGUUAAACUUGCGGAUUUUGGAUUUGCAAGAUACGUCGUCGACGCGAGAGGUAAAAAAGUCCUGAGCGAUACCUACUGUGGAUCCUUAUCAUACGCUGCCCCAGAGAUCCUCAAAGGAUCUCCAUAUAAUCCAAAGAUUGCGGACAUAUGGUCUCUCGGUGUGAUAUUGUACAUAAUACUAAAUAAAGCUAUGCCCUUUGAUGAUACCAAUAUCAAGAGGCUCUACGAGCAGCAGACAAACAAGAGAUGGAAAUUUCGUGGGAAAGUAACAGAUAUAUUGAGUGAACAAGCUAAGAAAUUGGUCAUCAAUCUUUUGGAACCGGAUACAGGCAAAAGAUGGAGAAUGGAUCAAGUGAUACACAGUGAGUGGAUCGCAAUGGAUCCACGACUGAUGAUCCUUACACCGGCUGAACAGACAGCAUUAAAUGCAGCCAUUGAGGAGCGCAAGAAGAAUGAAGAAAAAUUAACUAAAGCUAUGAAAUCUGGUAAAAUUGAUGAUAAGAAAAAAAUGGGAACUGAUAACGGUGAAGACAAGAAUCGGGUCGGGGAGGAGGUGACCAUUAUCAAGGAUGCUGUUAAGCCAGCAGGUUCCACGAUUAUUGGAACGGGCAACUAUUUUCGAAAUCUUGGUGCUUCGGCAUGAGUAUAUAGAAAGGAAUUUUUAUAUCUUUACAAAACACAAGAAAGAGAAGAAUAAAUUUAACAUAUAUAAUUUAUGUACCUCUUUUAACAAUCUAAUAAAUAACGUUUAUACACUUUA